CUGGCUCUCCCAUUCACAGUCCCGAAUUCUCCUUCCGAUAGCUCGUACUCGUUACUGGUUACCCAUAACUCGUACAGGAAUUAGCUUGCCGUGCUUAAUUAGUAUAUUGAUCCUCCACUAGGCACCUCGCUGCUUACACACCCUCCUGUCCUCAAAAAGGGUAAAUAAAGGACGCCCCUCACUGCCACACCUUUUACUCUUCCCUUCGUACCUAUUUACCGUCAAUACAGUCGCAGUCGAACACAGUCAACCAUGGCAUCCAAUCCACCGGGAAAAUGCUGCUACCAAGGCGUCAAGCACGAAGGCAACGCCACCGGCGAGAUCUCGACGCUGGGCGACUUUGAAAUCUACACCAAAUACCCCGAGAACAAGAGUACAGAGAAGGGUAUCUUGAUUAUCACCGACGUCAUCGGCCACCGCUUCAUCAACGCACAGCUCAUCGCCGACCAGUUCGCGGCCAACGGCUACUUUGUCGUGAUGCCCGACUUGUUCCAUGGCGACCCCAUCCCACUCAACCGACCGGGCGACUUUGACAUCAUGAAGUGGAUACAAGGAGAGUAUAAUGAGAAAAAGAUCGCACACUUGCCGCCCGUGGUCGAUCCUAUCAUCGACUCGUGUCUGGUCGAGAUGAGGACGAAAUAUGGAUGCAAGAAAAUCGGCGCCGUGGGCUACUGCUUCGGCGGCAAAUACGUAAUCCGACACCUGCGUCCGGACGCCGGCAAGAUCGACGCCGGAUACACGGCGCACCCGUCGUUCGUCGAGGGCGACGAGCUGCGCGACAUGAAAGGCCCACUGGCCAUCGCCGCCGCCGAGACCGAUGCCAUCUUCCCGACCGAGAAGCGCCACGAGACCGAGCAGAUCCUCAAGGACCUCGGCCUGCCAUACCAGAUCAACCUGUACAGCGGUGUCGAGCACGGCUUCGCGGUCCGCGGAGAUCCAGAGUACAGGGUCGGCCUGUAUGCCAAGGAGAAUGCUUUUUUGCAGGCCGUGCAGUGGUUCGAGGAGCAUUUGAAGUAAGUCCUACCGUGGUACAGUACUCGUCGACGAAGACGAAGACGAGGAUGACAUUGCGGGUGUGGAUGAGAGAGUACCAAGCAGGUAGAGGCAGAGGUAGUGAGUUGUCAAUAAAGGACCAUGAACAUACCUACGUACAGAUGUCCUGACGGUGUAUCUACUGUGUAGGACUUCAAAUGGCUCGGCGAGGCUCUAGUGAACAAAUAGAUUCGCGCGGCAGAGGUCAAACAAGGAACGUAGACAGAAUAAUAAAUCUGUUUACAGAGCUGUCAUCCCGCUCACGACCGGCAAUGUGCCACACCUUUUUCCCUGG